AUGUUUUCUGAGAAGACUGCUGAUGUAAGUGCAGGGAUGCAGCUCAUGAUGCAGAGAUUAUCUGUCGUCACAACAAAGGAAGGAGUAAGUCGCGGUUUAAGUUUUAAACCUCGUUCAGACGACGUGUUCGUCGUGACUCCACCAAAAUGCGGCACAACAUGGAUGCAACAGAUUCUACAUCAGUUACGUAGUGGUGGCGAUAUGUCAUUUGAGGACAUAUAUGAUGUUGUCCCUUUUAUCGAGUUGGCUUAUGAUACUGAAAUAGAUCUCGAGGCUGAGCACAAGUAUCAACCACGGUAA